GACCGAGUUCAUUAAUGCGUAGAGGAAGGGGAGGAGGUGGACACACACAGCUCUUCUUCUACGUCCCGAUGCUGAGAGCUGCUGUUUCAUUUCACCACCGCCUCAGCAACAACACAGCAGCUCAAUCUCUUUGAGUGUUAUCUCGGAUUUUUUUUGUAUUGGAUGAAAAGUGCCAACAUUUUAUUUUAUACUCGUUUUCUUCCCCCCCUCUCCAGCCUCUACCGGGAAGCCCACUACGGUGACAGAAGUUUAAAACCCCCAGCUGCUGCUCAGGAGACGCCGGACCCGACCACACAUCUCCCCCUUCGCUAUCUUUGUUAGGCCUAAUUUUUUGGGGGAAGUUAACAUAAACUUCAGUGAAGUUUUUUUUCCCCUUCUUGGACCGAGAGGACAUCAACAUCCACCCGGCAUCAUGACUCGGAGAUCCUGUGCCAUUUACGCCACCGGCAUCGUGUGCGCUCACCUCCUGAUAGUGGGGAUAGCCCUGGUCGUGGCUCAAGUCUUCCAAACAAUGAUCCACAGCCGGUUAAAAAAGGAAAUUACUUUGACGGAGAAGAGCCAAGUGUUUGAAUCAUGGAAGAAUCCACCUCCACCUGUUUACAUGGAGUAUUACUUUUUCAAUGUGACCAAUCCAGAGGUGUUCUUGAAAGGCGGGAAGGCAGCUGUUCAACAGAUCGGACCCUAUACUUACAGGGAAUACAGGCCGAGGGAGAACGUAACUUUCCUGGAGAACGGCACCAAGGUUUAUGCCCUGAACCCAAAAACUUUUGUCUUUGUUCCUGAGAAGUCCGCCGGUGACCCCACUGUUGAUAUCGUCCGAACUGUCAACAUCCCAUUUGUGGCGGUGAUGAACGAGCUGAACUCCUACUCCUUCUUCCUUAAAACUAUUGUCUCUGUGUACAUGAACAGCCUGGGCAUCGAGCUGUUCAUGAGCCGCACUGUCCAUGAGGUUCUGUGGGGAUUCAAAGACCCUGUCCUCACAAAGAUCCACUCCAUGAAGCCUGAAGUGGAUGAAUAUUUUGGGCUGAUGUGGAAGAAAAAUGGCACUCAUGAAGGAGAGUUUGUGUUCCACACCGGGGAGGAGAACUACUUGGAUUAUGGGAAGAUCGACACGUGGAACGGCCUGAGGAAGAUGUCGUGGUGGUCUUCCAAUCAGAGCAACAUGAUCAAUGGUACAGAUGGCGCCGUCUUCCACCCUCUGAUAAACAGGAACGAGCUGCUCUACAUCUUUGCCGCCGAUCUCUGCAGGUCUAUUCAUUUAGCCUAUGUGAAAGACGUGGAGGUGAAAGGCAUCCAGGCGUACCGCUUUGCACCCCCUAAUGAUGUCCUCAUGAGUCCCAAAGACAACCCCACUAACGAGGGCUUCUGUGUGCCAGCUGGAGACUGUCUCGGCACCGGGGUGCUUAAAGUCAGCGUUUGUCGAGAAGGUGCUCCCAUCGUGGUGUCCUUCCCCCACUUUUAUCAAGCGGACCCCAUGUACAUCAAUGCCAUCGAUGGGCUCAACCCCAACAAGGAAGAGCAUGAGACGUACCUCGACCUGCAACCGACCACAGGAGUUCCCAUUCGUGCCUGCAAGCGAGCCCAGCUCAAUAUCAUCCUGAAGAGAGUCCCAGGCUUCCCCAAAACCAAGCACAUCAACGAGACCAUUUUCCCCAUCAUGUUCGUCAAUGAGACGGCAACUAUUGACGAUGACUCAGCAUCCCAGAUGAGGACACUGCUCCUAAUUGUGACCCUUGUGUCAAACUUCCCCUUACUCAUCGUGGGUAUGGGCAUCAUCUUGCUGCUGGUGCUCGUUGUCCUGUUCUGCCGAAACCGCCAGAAGAAGAAUGAAGUAAAACGUAUUGAUUUUACUGAAGCUUUUCAUUCUUUUACUACGGCGAAAGACGACACGGCUUACACUCAGGUCAGCGACAAACCGGACGAGCCGUCGGAAACGCCAGCCAACCAGCCAAUGAGGAAUGGCUCCUAUAUUGCCAUGUCUCCAGUGGAGGCCCAGAAGUGUUGAUUGAGGAUCUCCUCCCCAAGUGUGGAGCUCAGGAAGGGGGCUGAGGGAGCAGCACAGGGGUGUUACAUUACCACGGGUGGGGGUUAGCACACGCAGUGGGCUCGCAUUCACUUAUUAUGGGGGUGGGUGGGGAGGAUAGGGAAAGGGGGUGGGACACAAACCCCAGUAAAUGUUUAGUCAACAAAGACAUUGCUCCUCUCACUGAGCCCUCUUAUGACUGUCUGUCCUCCUCUACUGUACCUGCUGAGCAUGGCCCUCACUGCCUGCUGUACUGCAACACAACAAACUCCCACACCUUUAUUCCUCAUUUCCGUCCCGGUCUGCCCUUUAAAGACGACGGGACUCUGGGCGGGCUCGGCCAGGACAAGCCUUUUUUCCGUAAUUCUUCUGAGGGAACACGGUAGCAUAGGUGUCGCUGCUGCACACGGAUGCAUGAUCUCCUGCGCGGACUCUGCAGACUAAUAAUGGCUCAAAAGAGUGUUUAGUAUUCACCUGAACAACAGUGGGUGUUGUUACAGUCGUAUUCUUGCUCUUUUCUUCUCCCAUCAGUUUUGCGUGAGAAGAAAACUUCAAACCAACAGAUUUAAAAAAAAAAAAAAAAAACUUCCCUGUGAACUGAAUCCAUAGGACAAAACUCUGAGCUCCUGGGCUCCGAGGAUAAAAUGGUUUUGCUAACAAAAGUGAACUUAGCAUAUCCUUUUUGUAAAAAAAGAAAAGAAGAAAAAACAGACUGAGCCAAACUAUUUAUAACAUUUUGCCUUUUUUCAUAAAAUGAAUUAGUGCUCACACAUACUGCACUUCCAAGUAUCAGUUAGUGAAAGUGUGCGUGCACCUGUAUCUUACACUUCAGUGUCCUGUUUUGAUGGACAAUGGGCAACUAUUUUUCUUGAUGCAGGCACAGUGAAGUGUGACACCUGAAAUACUCGUGAUUUUGACCCCUCCCUCCCACUUGUCCUCAUUUUUUUUUCCAGAACACUAUUUCAAAAAAGAAAAAAAGAAAAAAAAAGAAAGAAACCUUCAGAUACAUUUCAGAGCCCUUGUUAGUUAAGGUGAUAGUAGCUAGCUGUGAAGUUGUUAGGAAUGCCAAGAGUAGCUUGAUUGAAGUUGCACCUUUAGGCUUCAUCUCACAUUCAAAACAAAAAGGAAAAACAACACACACACACCCACAGAACUUACAAGGGAGACUUGAACCUGCUUUCUGCCUUACAGUGGUUCAGCGUGUUCUUUAUGUUCAUACAUUGUUCAAAUAAGCUGGAAGUCUCUUUUCGUCGUUAUUGUACAUAUGUAAAGGGGAAAUGUUGAGAUACCUCUGACCAAAUCCAGCAAGCAGUCCUCCUAGGUGUGCUGAAAGACACUAACUUUGCUCUGGUGUCGACCGCUCCUGCACGUCUACACUGUUACUUAUUAGAGAAAGCACAAUUUGGAUUGCUAAAACCAGUCCUCACUCAAGACUACCAGGUUUUUUUUGGGUCCUAUUAUUAUUAUUAUUAUUAUUAUUAUAUAUUUACAGCUGAUCUGUCAAAGACACUGUCAAGUGCCGUGACUAUUUAAAAAAAAAAAAAAAGUGGAAUCAUUGGGUGUUGAGGGAGCCCUGAGCACCACUCGCCGCUGUGCAGUUGUUCAGUUUGCCAAGGAGCUGUAGGCAUUCAGGCAAACACAACACGCAGCACUUGAAUCACUGUUUGUCUUACAUUUCGUGUUUUCAUUUCUCUAUCCGCCACACUUGUCUCGUCUUACACGUCAAACCCCAUCGGCGGUUGUCACUGGGAAGUGAAUUUAAGGCCAUAAAACUGUCAACGUGGAAAAUUCCCUGCACUUUGCCUGGAAAUUGUGCCCCGUGUAUUUUCGUUGUUGUUUUGGUUUUUAUUUGUUAAUGUUUUUGGGUUUUUUUUCGUCCUGAUCAUUUCAAUGCAGGUGGUCCAUAUGUUCAGUACAUUUCAAUGGUUUUUUCCUAGCUAGUAUUGGUUAUGUUGUUGUAAAUGGACAACAGACAUCCCUGCCUCUGUGUUACUUGCUUCUCAACACAUGGAGUGUCUUCUUUUUGAUAUACUUUUGUAUUUGUUAUUGCUGCUAAAAAAAUGCCAUAACCUAUGGACUUGUAUUUGUAUAUGGGGUAUUUACCAUAAUGUGCUCGCAUUCGAUUUCAGGUUGAUUCACAGAAGCUUUUUUUUUUUCAAGUCAUAAAACUUGAAGGCUUUCUGUGUUGCCAACCCUCUGACACCUGAGCACAAGAUACAAAGCCCAAAGCUUGCUGCCAUUUAUUGGAAUUAGCAGUUGAAGUUAUCACUAACCAGUCAUUCCUCUGUUAGCAGAUGAUCUGACCAUAUCACAUGUAUCAUUGGGGGUUUAUUAUAGGUUUCAUAAACACAAAAGGCGAGCUGCUUCAUCACCAUCUAACGCUGGUGUCAGAAGUCUGAUUCUGGGUUUAGUAAUACUGUGGUGGAGUCAUUUAAAGCAGAAGUUCAGCACUUUGGGAAACAUGCUUAUGUGCUUUCUGGUGGAUUUUUCAUUUCAGUCAUUUUUCAUGAUUUAAACUUGCUGCUUUUCUUGGUCUUGAAUUACAGUACAUUUAAUAUUUUUGAAUUUUGGACUGUGGAUCAGAUAAAACAAGACGUUUAAUGACGUCACUUGGUGUUGUCAUGGGCAUUUAUCUCAGUUUUUUUUUUUUUUUUAAUGUUUUAUAGAUCAAUCGAUUCAUCUUGAAAUAUAACACUCAUUAGUUGCAGCUCUAGAGAAAAAUAUAAAUCAUUGUUUUAUGUGUGAUUAUGUGCUGGAGUAUUUCCUGGUACUAGAAAGUGUCCAUAUCAAGAAAUAAUUUGGUGCAUAACCAUCCAUAAAACUGGAGAGAGGGACCAGAGCCAGGCUAGCUGUUUCCCCCCAUUUCUGGUCUUUAUGCUAAGCCAAGCUAAUCACCUCCUUGCCCCAGCUUCAUAUUUAACAGACAGAUUUCUGACUCUCUACCAGAAGGCAAAUGAGCGUGUUUCAGUUCACUAAAGGCCUUUUUAUUUCACCAACACGCAAGAAACUUCUGCCUUGUGCAAACUCACAGUCCAUCAUCGUCCACCUUUUGAAAAUCUUUACUUGAACCUGCAAACCUUAAUCCUGAGAGUGGUGUGUGUGUGUGUGUGUGUGUGUGUCUGUCUGUCCCUUUUUACAGCGUCUGUUCAUACACACACACACACCUGAGCCAUCACUCCACCUGUCUGACUUCUACUACACUGACCUUUGAGUCCAAUCCUUUAAGCCCAUUGGCUCGUCGCUGCUUGACCAAAGAUAACCCACAUAGAUCUGCCCCAGCGCCAUGUUUACUCUCCUCUGUGAUAACGGCUGUGCCACAAAACCACCGCCUACCUUUUUUUUUUUUUUUUUUUUUAAUUGUGCCACCACUUAUGUGAAGUAUUUGCGACAGUGUUUUGUGUGCGUAAACACAUUUAUGUGCCUUUUUACAUCAAGGCAAAAAAAAAAAAAAAGUUCACAGAUGGUAGUUUGAUGGGUAUUGCUUUUUUCAUUCAGUGCAAGAGCAAACAAAAGUAAUCAAUGCUCUUUGUGAGCAGAAAAAAAUCUCAGUAUUAAUGUAAGACAAAGCAAUACAGAGUUGUGUAAAAUAAAUUGUGGAUGUUGUGUAAGGGGCCAUACAAUAUUUAUGUGUCUCUUUUUCCUGAAUUUGUGAUUUUUUUUUUGUUAGAUUCAUAUGUGUAGGAGUAUUUUCCUUUCUCUGUAGUGUGAUUUAGUCAUAUUUUGUAAUAUUCAGCUUGAGGUCAAGCACAUUUCAUUUUAAUUCUUCAUCAUUUCUUUUUUUUUCACUCUGAAAAUCCAGAAAAAGUAUAAAAGAUGGACCAGUAUGUUACACUGGGACCAGUCAGAGCCCUGUAUUAUAUCUGUAAGAGUAUUCAUGAAUGGUUUAAGAUUCGGGUGUUUGUGUUGGAUGAGUAUGAGAACCUGUGUGAGUAAAAUCUUGUGUUUGUGGAACCAGAUGCACCAUUUCUGUCAAACUGGAGAGAUUUACUGGAAGGCUGAUUAUCUUGAUGACUGAGUAAAGUCAGUAAAGCAGUGAGUAAAGCAUUGAUGCUGUGUAACCUAUCUAGAUGAAUGAAGCCCUCCUUCAAGGAUGAGCACUAGUGCCAUACCAUCUUUUGUUGUUAUUUUUCCCCCUUAAUUUGCUCUUUGGUGUAACAACCACAUCUCCCCGUUUCGAUGUUCUGAAGUCACUAACAGACAUUUCCUUAAGAUAUACUAAUUUGUUUUGCUGCUGAAAAUGACAAUCCCCCUUGUCAUGUUAGGUGCAAAAUGAUUUCAAAGUAAUAUCCAUUUUUAGUUUUGAUAAUUUACACUGCACAGAUGUUUCUACAGUGCUUUUGUAAAAAUUUCUAGUGUAUUUGCAAAAAAAUAAAAGUUGCCAUCAAGUGCAAAGUUCA